AUGCUUCAGGCCUUAAAUCUUACACUCGUGCCAACGAUGAUUCCAGCUAUAACCUCAGACUUCAACCAAUUCAACGAAGCGAGUUGGUUGGGCACAGCGUACUUGCUUGCAACGUGCACGUUUACACCUUUGUAUGGUCGUCUGUGUAAUGUUCUUGGUAGAAGACGGGCAUUUCACUCUGCGAUCUGGAACAUUUGCCUGCGGUAUAUCGAACAGCAUGAAGAUGCUAAUCGUAUCGCGAUUCUUGUCCGGUAUGGGUGGCUAUUCACUGCUUCUGCCAUCAUCACAAGUGAUAUGUACACCGUUCGCUCGCGAGGCUACAUGCAGAGUAUCGCUGGUGUGUUUUAUGGGGUCAAUAUGCCUACAUUUAGUCACUCUCCUCCUGUUACUGGGACUUUAGUGGCUUCAGGUUGGAAUGGGACUCGGGGGUCCUGUUGGCGGUUUCAUUACCGACAGGCUUGGAUGGCGCUCUGCUUUCCUAUUUCAGGUCUCUUUGUUCGUAGGGUCGCUUUCAUUGACAUUUACCAGCCUCUCGUACGUAAUGCAGGCUCUGAUGCCAGGGAAAUCUUUAAACGAAUUGAUUACGGUGGCAGCUUUACACUACUAGGAUUCGUUGGCUCGACAUUGGCGCUUGUAAGCUUGCACUAUAAUGACGGCCGUGCUUGGGGUGAUUCGACUGUUCUGAUUGCACUUUCGCUACUAUCCUUCUUCUUCCUUGUUUUGUUCCUGGUCGUCGAGAUGUAUGUCGCUUUGGAACCCAUUCUUCCCUCGUACUUCCUAGCCAAAAAGAUCCCCCUCCUUGUCGGCGUUAGUAACGCGCUUGUGGCGGUCACCAACUUGUCCGUCACUUAUUUCUUUCCGAUGUGGUUUCAGACUGUGAUGCUGACGAGUGCAUCUACUGCCGGUCUCCAUUUGUUACCAUCGACAGUUUCUAUCUCCACGGGUUCUAUCUUUGCCGGAUGGAUGAUGAUGAAGCAGGGAAGAUACAAGAUGAUCAAUCUUAUAUUUGGAAUACUUCCCUUCUUCGCGACUAUUCUGUUGACACAGCUUAAGGAAGAUUCCAACCAGGCACAUCUUUGGCUGAACAUCAUGCCUUUUGGUUUCGGGAAUGCCGUAGUGUUACAAACGAUGUACGUCGCACUCGUUGCCAAUCUGCCAGACUCGCGGAUGGUGAUAGGCACAGGUGCGGCUCAGCUCCUUCGUGGGCUAGCGGCUUUCGACGCGCGAUUAGGUCAAGUUGCCGGCCUUGCCAUCUCUUCUGCCGUCUUUCAGAGCAGGUUGGAUACCGAAAUUCGAGAAAGAAUACGUCCUCGUGACUCGUACGCAGCAAGCCUGUAUCUGCUCUCGCUGCUUGCGCGUCCCUUUUGGCUUAUGCGUCGAGGGUACCCAUCCCGGAUAAAUCUUUGGAAGACAGAACGCCUGCACAAUCAGAGCCCGAGAACCGGGAGAACGGUCUGA